AAUAAGACUGUGUUAUAAGGGAUACUAAGUAAGUGGGAGUGACUCUUCGGAUACGAUAUGUUCCGUGCUGCGACGUGCGGUAUCCGCCGUGCAGGAAGAUGCGGAGUUUGGAUUCAGGAAGGAUGUCGUGCCCAGUGUCACAAUAAAACAGAUGAACUAACUUCAAUGACACAAAGUGUGAUUGAGGAAGAGAUCGAUGUGACUAUCGGGCGACCAAAGUUCAAGGCCAUGUCCCUUUUAGGAGACCCUCAUCUCAACAAGGGUAUGUGUUACACACUAAGGGAGCGUCAGCUGCUAGGUCUACAUGGUCUUUUACCGCCCAACAUCAUCACGCCGGAACAGCAGGUCUACUUUACCAUGCAGAAAUUCCACCGAUGGGAAAAUGACCUUGACCGCUAUAUAUACAUGAUGUCUCUUCAAGAUCGGAACGAGAGAUUGUUUUACAGAACGAUCAUGCGGUAUGUAGAACAGAUGAUGCCGAUCAUAUAUACCCCGACAGUCGGCCAGGCUUGUCUGAAAUAUGGACUCACCUAUAGGAAACCCAGGGGCUUGUACAUUACUAUUCAUGACCUGGGUCAUGUCUACGACAUCCUGUGCAACUGGCCCAUAAAUGACAUUAAGGCUAUAGUUGCAACGGACGGUGAGAGGAUCCUAGGGCUCGGAGACCUCGGUGCGUACGGAAUGGGAAUUCCUAUAGGCAAGUUGUCCCUUUACACAGCACUGGCCGGAGUACAGCCACACCAAUGUCUACCAAUCAUGAUUGACGUGGGUACAGACAAUGAGAAUUUGAUAAAAGAUCCACUGUAUAUCGGACUUAAACAGAAACGAGAACGAGGUCCGAACUAUGACGCUCUCAUAGAUGAAUUGAUGUCUGCUGUAAUGAAGAAGUAUGGAGGGAACUGCCUUGUGCAGUUUGAAGACUUUGGUAACCAUAAUGCGUUCAGAUUUUUAGAGAAAUAUAGGAGUUCCUACUGUAUGUUUAAUGACGAUAUACAAGGUACAGCCGCUGUUACGGUAGCAGGUCUUCUGGCAAGUCUGCAGAUCACGGGCAAACCUCUUUGUGACAAUGUGUUCCUAUUCUAUGGAGCCGGAGAGGCUUCUAUUGGCAUUGCUAAAUUGCUCGUUAUGGCGUUUGAACACCAAGGACUGACAGAGGAGGACGCAUACAACAGGAUAUGGAUGGUUGAUUCCAGGGGUCUCAUUGUGAAAAAUAGACCAUCAGGAGGUAUAACCGUUGAAAAGGAACCAUUUGCACAUGCGCAUCCACCUAUUGAAAAACUAGAAGACGUCGUCAAACAAGUAAAACCAACUGCUAUCAUAGGUGCUGCUGCCCAGCCAGGAACGUUUACAGAAACCAUUCUCAAAGAUAUGGCAACAUUCAAUGAGCGUCCAAUCAUAUUUGCUCUCAGCAAUCCUACUAGUAAAGCAGAGUGCACGGCAGAACAAGCCUAUACGGUCACAAAGGGAAAGUGUGUAUUUGCCAGUGGAAGUCCGUUUGAUCCUGUAACAGUGGAUGGCAGAACGUACUAUAUAGGACAGGGCAAUAACGCCUAUAUAUUCCCCGCUGUUGGUCUUGCUACAAUCGCCUGUGAUAUAAGGAGCAUUCCGGAAACCAUCUUCCUAGAAUCUUCAAAAGCACUGUCAAAUAUGGUGUCCAAGGAACAUUUGGAGGAAGGUCGGGUGUAUCCACCAUUAGCUGAUAUAUAUCAAGUAUCAACAGACAUAGCGGUACAUCUCGCGGAGUAUGCGUACAAAGAGAAUCUUGCACAUCAUUUCCCGGAGCCAAAAGACAAACGAAAGUUCAUAGAAUCUCAUCAAUAUAGUUUAGACUACGAGGAAUAUAUACCUCCGCUGUAUGACUGGCCAGGUCAUAGCACUAAAUUAUAAUAUACGUCAUGACGUCAUCUGCACGAUUAUUUUCACAUCUGCUUCAUUAUUUGUUUAGGGCAUAUGUGACUUGAGUGGUUAAAGAGUUUGUAAUUUUCAACUUCUCUAGUAGCGUUGUUAUUUGUAAAAAGAUGUGAUGAAAGCCAAAAAGAUGCAUCCAGUCUAGGUGAAAUAUUAAGGUUAAGGGUAGGGUUAGGGUUGAUGAACGCCAAGAAGAAGAAGAAGGAGGGUUAGGGUUCACAUCGAACACAAAAAAUCUAAACAUACCAUAAAACUGUUUAUUCAAACUAAAUUGCAAGCUGCGCUAUGGCUAACUGAUGCAAAACUAUGAAAUUUGCAUCCAAAUAGUUUAUUUCAUCUCUAGAAAUGACAGAAGCAAGUGCAAGUACUACAAUAGGAUUUGAAUAGAUGUAUAUUAAAUGUCUUUAAUGUCACUGACUUCAGAUCACUUGCCACCACUCAGUGGAAUGGGUUUGAAUUCCGCUCCUUCCCCUUAGCACACACACACACACACACACACACACACGCACGCACACACACACAUGCACGUACGCACGAACGCACACACAGACGCACACACAUACCAUUUGUAAUGUGGAAUUGUUUGUACAAGGUCGACUUUCUGUCAAGAUGCACACCAGUGUAUUAAAUGCCCAAGCUUGACGUUACUCAAAACCAAACAAACAAAAAUUAUUUGUUUAUAUAUACAGUUGCUAUAUAGCUUGCUUCAGAUUGGUGUUAUUUUAUUGAUGCUAUUGACAAAUGAUAUGUGAUUUUUGUAAAUGUAUUUUCAACGUUGUGUUUCCUAUACAACAUAAAUAAUUCGGAUGAG